AUGGUCGUUGCACCUCUCGUCCGCUCAGGACGUCUCGCAUCGCGUGCGCUUCGCACGGCAACCUCUGCCUCUUCCUCGUCCACAGCUUCGCCGUCCUCCUCUUCCAACCUUCGCACACUUCACACCUGUCCACCGACACCCGAGUUGCUCUCCCAAGGUUGUGCACCGUUCCUCUCAUCACCUACCAUCAACCAGAUCUCCCAAACCUGGCAAUCCGGUCUGCUCGAGCUGCUCAACCAAGAGGUGCGCGAUACCGAGCACGCCUCCUCUUCCAUCGUCGAAACCGUCAUCUCCCUCUCCCAGAAUCGUGAAAAGAUUCUCGCCUUCAACUACGCUUCCCAGGCACUCAACAAUGCCUUCUUCCUCUCCACUCUUGCACCACAGGAUCGGCUGAGGAACCCUACACCUUUGCCCAAAGUUGCCACUGCUAUCUCCAAGAGUUUCGGUAGCUUCCCUGAAAUGUGCCUCGCAUUCUCCUCCGCUGCUUAUGGUAUGAGCGGAUCAGGUUGGGUAUGGCUAGUGACAGACCAACACAGAAACCUCGGUGUAGUCCCAACUUUCGGUGCAGGAACUGUUAUUGUUCAAAACAGAAUUCAACAGGGAAAACACUUUUCCCUGCCCAGCAUCAACGAUCAUUCCACCACCGGUUCCGAUUCUCCCAAACAAUCCCAAGAGCGCCCAACAAGACCUGCAGACUCCCUAUUCACAGGCCUCGGAAUCACCGACAAAGUAGGCAAGGACCUCUACCCCCUCUUGAACAUCAGCGUCCACGAACACGCCUGGUUGAACGAUUACGGCAUCAUGGGCAAGGAGGAAUAUCUCACGAGGUUUUGGAACUGCGUCAACUGGGACAAGGUCGAGGAAAGGUUCGAGUCGUACUGCCCGCAGUCUUCGCGAUACCUCUAG